GGAAGGGAAGGGAAGGGAAGGGAAGGGAAGCAGCUGGACUGAAUUCCAUCUGGGCACCGCACAGCACAGCCCUGCCAUGGCCCGGUGAGCUGUAAUCCUCCAUGCUCCAAAAUCAAAAGCUGUCUCUCCUUUUUUCUCAGUUGCCAAGGGAUAGAAAUCCCACCAGAAUCCAAAGCAUAUCAUUCCAGGGGGGGAUUUAUACUGGAGAAAGGAGCAGAAUUGGUUAUUUGAUGAUUGUUUUUUUUUUUAUAAGUCCUUAAUAUCUCCCUUCCCUCCUUCUCUGCACAGCGCAGAUCCCCCUUCCAACACAUGCACGAGAGCAGAGCUGAACCGUUCGCACAGAAAACAGCUGGAAAAACACAACAAAAUCAAAAGGUCCUUCUGCUCCAUCUCCUGCCUGUAGGUUCUGGUGGGUUGCAGAGCGUUGCCCUCCAUGGUUUGCAGCUCUGCAGAAGGGCUGAGAGCACAGGGACACCAAAGUGUGCCUCUCCCAUGGGGGAGCGUGGGGUCAGCGAGGUGCCCUGGGGACACUCACCCCAACCCAUCUCAUGUCCAGCCGGCGUCUCCCAUAUCCAUCAGCCACGUGCAGCCAGCGCAUUAAAAUCUCAUUUAAAAAGGAAUCAAGGUUUAAUCCAUCCGUGUUUGAAAAUGGUCUUUUCCCAUAUCCUGCUUUUGGCACGGCCUCCCAGCCGGGCCGUUGCACCUCACCCCAGAAUGGGCUCAGCUGCUGCAGCCGGGGGUCCCACGCCGGCACCGAGCGGCCAACGGAGCUGCCAUGUUCAUAUUUUAUCUUUUAUUGGCUUUUUUUUUUUUUCCCUCUUUCCCCCUAUUUUACCCUUUCUGCACCACGACUCCCUGGGGCCCCAGCAGAACAUCUGGCCAAGCCACUUCUGGUUCCAUUUAUUGGCGGAUAAUUUAUUUGUGGACCAGAAGGGAAAAGAGACCCAACUGUUCAGAGGAGGAGUAUUGGUAGGGCCGUUGGUGGUGCUGCUCAAACACGAGCUCCUUAGGUGUGAUCCAGACCCAGGGAAGUCAAACACAGAUCUCCCCUUUGGAUCCAGAGCUGUCAGAUCUCAGUCCAAACGCACGGAGGGAAAUCAUUCGAAUGCACACUCUGUGAGUAUUAUUGGUGUUAUUCGUUCGCUGGGAAUAUUUGGAGGUAUUCAUUCCUUGCACACAUUACCAGAGCAGCUCCCGCUCGGAGAACGAAAUUAAAGAGUGCAAACCACCA